AUGGUUAGAUCUCCAUGCUGCGAAACCAAUCAUGGCUUGAAAAGAGGGCCAUGGACAGAUGAAGAAGAUGACAAAUUGAUCAAUUACGUGCAAAACUACGGCCAUGGAACCUGGAAAAGUUUACCUAAGAAAGCUGGACUGAACAGGUGUGGAAAGAGCUGCAGAUUGAGGUGGAAUAAUUACCUCAGGCCUGAUAUUAAGAGAGGAAUGUUUUCGGACCAAGAAGAUCGCCUCAUUGUUGAACUCCAUUCCAUUCUUGGAAAUAAGUGGUCGAAAAUAGCUGCACAUCUUCCGGGGAGGACUGAUAAUGAAAUCAAGAAUCAUUGGAAUACAAAGCUGAGGAGAAAGCUUCUCCAGCUUGGGAUUGAUCCACAAAGUCACAAGCCAGUAGUGCCUGAUAUUAACCAAUUUGUUGAUUUUUCUCGGUUCUUAUCAGCAUUUAAUCCUGCUAGCAAUUUGAUGAAUGUCUGGACAAAUGUUCUACUGUCACAAGUUGAUGCAACUCAACUGGCGAAAUUCCAACUACUGCAAAAGCUACUGAAGCCAGUUAAUCCAGGUCCAGCACAAAAUAAUCUUGUUUCAUCAACCAGAUUCAUCAAUGCAGAUGGUGCUCAAGUUAAUACAGAUUUUAUCCUACCAACCCUGCAAUCUUCGAAUUUUGACCCCACUUUUCCAGAUAAUAAUUAUGGACUUUCAAAUGCAGUAACGUUCUCUGCUCAAAAUGAUAAAACAAAUAGCUUGAGCAGUACAACUUCCACCAGCAGUCAAAAGAAUAACUAUCUUCCUUCAGUUCUUGAAGCAACGACAGCUCAUGUAUCUUCUUCUGUUGACCAAGUUAAUCCACCUCAAGAUCCAUUAAUGACUUCGUCCAUCAUUGAUACAUUUGAUUCUUGGGAAGAACUCAUGGAUAAUGAACCAUUUUGGGAAGAUAUUCUGGUCUAA